AUGGCUGCACAGUCGGAGGAAGCAAAGCAAGGGAACGUUCACCAUCGUCCAAAAUUGAUUUACAAUCUAACCCGAUUCCCAUGUCAGUUCCUGAAGCCAAGGCGGUUGUGUCUUCAAAAAAAGAAGAUCAGAGAUUCCUUGCGUGCGGGGAAGAAACCCAGAUCUUCUAAGAAUAAGGGAAUUGAAUCAAAGAAGAAGAAGAAGAAGAAUGUAGAAUGCGAAGAAGACGUGAAAAGUAAGGACGAUGGCGCUAAAAAACAGCGGUUUCAUAGGAUUUGGAGCUAUGACGAUGAAGUAUCGAUCUUGAAAGGAAUGAUCGAGCAUGGUGAAAAUGAAGGGAUCGAUCCUGCUAUAGUGGAUAAGACCUCCUUCUACAACGUGAUCAGACAUUCACUUAAGGUAGAUGCUAGUAAAAGUCAAUUUAUUGACAAAAUAAGGAGGCUAAAAGAGAAGUAUUUGACAAAUCUGAAGAAAAGUUACAAUGGCAAUGAUAGAAUAUUUUCAAAAGAUCACGACCAGAAGUGUUACAGUUUGUCGAAAAAGAUAUGGGGAACUCAAUCUAACGUAAGUCAUAGAAAUGUGGAGAAUGUUGAGGUUGAUGAAGCUGCUGUUCUUGUUGCUGUUGCUGCUGCUGCUGGUGGUACUCCAUCCAAGGCUGAACCUUUCUGUAUAGGUUCGAGCAUGGAAAAGGAAAUUAUGAAAUUAGGGUCACAAUUGAUAACGGGUGAAAAAAAGAUAGAAUUAGAUCAAAAGUUGAAGCAGUUAAAAGUGAAGGAGACGGAGGUUUACUUGCAAAGACUCGAUUAUAUCCGUGAGUAUACAGUUCUUGUGCUGGAAGCAAGGAAAUCCAACACAAAAACUAAGUAA